UCGUCUUCGUCUCGGACCAGCAGCAGCUCAGUGUGGCGAGGGCGGCAACGAUGGGCCGGAAGCUGGACCUGUCGGGCCUGACGGACGACGAGGCCGAGCACGUCCUGAAAGUGGUCCAGCGGGACAUGAAGCUGAGAAAAAAGGAGGAGGAGAGGCUGAGCGAGAUGAAACAGGAGCUGGCGGAGGAAGGCAGCAGAUGCUCCAUCCUCACCAAGCAGCACCGCUUCAACGAGCACUGCUGCAUCCGCUGCUGCGCGCCCUUCACCUUCCUGCUCAACCCCAAGCGCCAGUGCCUGGACUGCCAGUACAACGUCUGCAAGACCUGCUGCACCUACAGCAAGAGGGACAAAGCCUGGCUCUGCUCCGCGUGCCAGAAGGGCAGGAUUCUGAGGACGCAGUCGCUCGAAUGGUAUUAUAACAAUGUGAAGAGUCGCUUCAAGAGGUUCGGCAGCGCCAAGGUUCUGAAGACUCUGUACAGAAAGCACAUCAUCGAGAGAGGAGCGUUCUCUGAUCUCCCAGAAAGCAGCGUUCACGAGGGAAGCAACGACAACGAUGGCAGCGUCUGUGGCAGCGACUCCGUCUUUUACAAGCAGAGUGAAGGACACAGUAUGGCAGAGACGCUCACAGUCGCCCUGCGUGUCGCUGAGGAGGCUAUAGAGGAGGCCAUCGCUAAGGCAGAGGAGUACGGUGACAGCUUGGAGAAGCAGAAUGAGGCUCGGUAUCUGCGGGACCACAAAGAGGAGCUCAUAGAGGAACUUGCCACGACCAUUGUCCAAAAAAUCAUUCAGAGGAGGAAGCGAUCAGAGAUGCAGACAGAGUACGACUUUGUCUGGCCUCAGCCUCAGUCUCUGAUCCAGCCCAGCGAACUGCCCUCUCCCUCUCAGCCUCACGCUUCCUCGCAAGAUCCACAAGACCCCCUCAAGUCCUCCUACUCGCUCUGGCGUUCACGGUCAGCGUUCUCCCUCACUAGUGACGACUCUCCGGAGAAGGGUCCAGAGGAGGAAGGAGCCGGGGCCGGUGGUGGCGGUGGAGGUGGAGGAGGAGGUGGAGGUGGAGGUGGAUUACAGGAGUACACUUCACUGAAGAGGGAGGCCAAGGCCACGUCUUUACCCAGCUGGAAGAGCAUGGAUCGUCUGGACAACUCAAGUGCGUCCUCGGUGCUCCAGAGCCCGGACGGUAACUGGAUCGCGCUGCACAGCUCUCAGCUGUCCCGGCCCAGCCUGCUCACCAAGAGGAAGAGCCUGGUGUUCAGCGUCCUGGAGAAGGAGUCCGGCGUCGUCUCCGCCUACGACGAGAUGGGGUCCGACUCCGAGGAGAUCGACGAAGGCGGCUGGGGCGCAGCGCUGCGGCAGUUCAGGCGCAAACUGUCGGACGAGACCUACUACACGGACUCGCAGCACGACCCGGAGUGGACGUACACCCAGCACCUCCCCGUCACCUCCCCGUCCUCCGGCCAGUACACCAACACGGAGACGCUCAACUCAGACUCCGAGGCCUCGUCCGUGUUGUCCGCGUGUCCUCGCAAACCACCUCACAACCUGUUGAGGAAGAAAGGCCCGACGGAUACGCACCUGCACCCUCACCCACACCCUCACCACCAGCCGCUCUACCAGCAGCACCUGCACCAGAACUUCUCCCCCUACCCGGUCCACUCAGAGGCGCUGGACGUGAACUUCAACCCCAAGGUGAUGGGAGACAGCAGCGAGGCUGAGGAGAGGCAGAACGACCCCGUCAAGAGAUCACGGCGACGCAGAAGAAGCAAAAGAGAGUCAUCGUCGGAGCAGAGACCUGUGGUGCAGAGCCACGCGCAGUCCAUCUACCCCUUAGCACAGGAGAACAGUGGUUUUCUACUCAACGCUCUGCUGAAGAGGGGUUUGAGUGAGGACCAGCUCCUCCCCGACCCUGUGCCGGCGGCCACCGCUGCACCAGGCGCCUUCAAAUUAGACGCCAUGACACCUGAUCCGGAGGACCUGGACACGGUGGCGCCCAAUUCCCCGAUCCCCAGCCCCCCCCAGCCCCUCGUUCUGGCCCCGGGACCCCGGAUCGCUUCCGGCGUCUCGAGACCUGGAUCCGGCUCUGGAGAACCUCUGGAAGACGAGCUGCGCUCCCGACUCAGUCAGCUGGUCAUUCGCGCCAACAGCAGAGACAGCAGCUCGUCUGAAGAGGAGCGCGUCGUCACAAAGUGGCCCGUGGACAAGCAGAAGGAUAAAGAAAGCGUCAGACAGAGGGAGAAGCCGAGGCCGAGUGACACUGAAAGAGAAAGGCAGCGGGCGAGUGACAAAUUAAAGGCGAAGGCAAGUCAAGCAGUGGAGCAGGUGAAUGGGCAAGAGAUGAAAAGACUAAUAAAGAGUCCGUCCACGAGAGAAGAAGGGAGAGUUAGGGAGAGAAGGUUGGAGAAAGGGGGCGAGAGUUUGGAAGAGAAGGUCGAUGAGCAGGGCCACAAGCGAGGGGACAAAAGAGAGUCCAGCAGACAAAGUAAGAGACAGCACAAAAGAGACGGGGACAAAGAAGCAGGACAGAAAAGUGGAGCGAAGAGGAGCGGAUCCAGUGCCAGUUCACCUGCUGUUACUCCUUCUGCCCAGGAGGGGGUGCUGUCAAACAACCAGGUGGGACAAAAUGACUCGGAGCAACAGCUGAGGCUUCAGUUGCUCUCCUCUGUCUUACAUCAGAAGUACUCGGCGGCCUCGCUCUGCAGCAUCACCACGGAGGUGCUGAAGGUUCUGAACGCCACAGAGGAGCUGAUCGGCGAGGCGGCCGGAGAGAGCUACACCCCUUCUGAGUCCAUGUGUGCUUCUCCCAUGUCCAGCAGCUCCGACACCCGCAGGCUGGACCAGAGGCUCACCAAGAUGGAGGAGAACGUGUACCUGGCUGCCGGUGCCGUGUACGGCCUGGAGGGGGCGCUGGGCGACCUGGAGCAGUGUGCUCGCAGCAUUAGCAGUGGGACCACAGACACAGAGCUGGCCUUCUUGGAAGAUCAAGUGGCUACAGCAGCCGCUCAGGUCCAGCAGUCUGAGCUACAGAUAUCAAAUAUUGAAGCCAGGAUAUCAGCUCUGAAGACAGCUGGGUUAAACGUGGCUGUGUGCAAUCGCUUCUCUAAGUUCAAGCCAAAGUCUAAGCCUCAAACCCUGGACUCGUCACGCCAUCAGAGGAGGAAACUUCCAGCGCCUCCACUGAAAGAAAAGUCGGAGCCAGAGCAGCAGGUGAAAGUGUUUCGACCGUAGUGACGGUCAACAGCACAAGGAGUCCCUCAGGGCCAGUUCAGAGCCCCACCAGGGACGGGGGGCCCUUCACAUCCAGUGCCUUGACCCAGCGUCCGCCUCUAGCUCCAGGCUAAGCAGGAGCCAACACCUGCCCUGUGUGAACCCACCCAGCACUCAUCCACUCAGCAAAGCACGGUACCACGUCCGCCCAGUCUGGUUCCUGGUUCCCAGUUCCCGGUAAAUCCUCCUCACCACAUACCAUCCAUGAUACUGUACGCCAUGCGAGGGUGACUCAACGCUCAGUGUCUCUGCCUUAAAAUCUGCAAACAAUCCUCACAGUCCGACUCAAAAAGAAUAUCUGUACAGACCAAGAUAACUCAUUUUCUUUUUUUUCUUUUUUUAUCUUGUUUGCAAGGGUGUUGUGAUUUAAUGUACAAUGAAGCUGUGGAAAAAUCAUGUGAAACCUUCUGUGAUUCAGUGUCCCCAAAAAGAGGCUGAGCCAUGUUUUAUACCGCGUUAGUCUUUCUCACCAAAUACGAGGAGUUUGAUGUUUUUCCCCCUUCGGAGCUUUCUUUUCCUUUCCGAUGAUUGUCAGUUUUUACAUACGUUAACAGCUAUCAGAUGGUACUCCUCAUUUCAGGGGAGGGCGAUUGUAACACUUUUGAUAUUCUAACAGUUUUAAAAAAACAAUGGAUGCACUUACCGGAAAAUAGCGUUCAGAUGCUCCAAGCGUCAGGUCCAAAAUGGUUUUUGCCUCUUUAAUGUGCAAGAUGGUAACGAAGGAAUAAAGCACAUUUGAGAUAUGCACCAUCCUAGGGGCACAGCUGGAAACUAAUUAACUAUUAAACAUUUUUGCAAAUGUAAUAAUUUGCUUUCAAGAAGAAAAUCCACGCCACUCUCAUGUCUGCACGCUAAAUAUGAAGCUACGAUACAGCAGCCAGUUAGCUUAGCGUGGCAUAAAGACUGGUAACGGAAGACACGGCGAACUUCAGCACAUUCAUGAAGCUUAACAAGUCUAAACUAGGUCAAAUAGUCACUUCUCUUUUUGCUCUGUUUUGGUCUCCACCAGCCUUGGAUGGGUUUUUGAAAACUAUUAGAGCCUUGAGAACUUAUUCCAACAAAAUAUCUGCAGCGAUCAAGUGACGAAUAAAUAUUUGAUGCCAGUUGAAUUGUGCCAUAAUGUCCACAUGCGCCAGAAAGCUGUGCACUGAGAAGCUGUGUGAACCAGAGCUGCCAAACUGUGAGAUAUCGAUAAAAUAUUAUGCCAUAGACUGGGAAGAAGUGAAGCCAGAGCAAGUAGAGCUCCCCCUGGUGGCUGGAGGCUCCAUAUUAGUGGGCGGGGCUUAUGUCGAACUAAAACACUAAAAUACAUUAUUUUCUAGGAUGGUUUCUGUCAUUUUACACAGAUUAUAUCAUGCUGAUGCAUGUUCAAGAGUUAAUUUUUUCUGAUUUAGUUUUAAUUAAAUGAAAACACGCGAUAGUCUGGAGGAAGUGUGGGCGGCGAUUCGUCAGUAUCAUGGCUGUGCAGAUCGGACCCUAGCUCCGAAAUUGCAAGACGACGCCGCCCGUUACCCCCGGGAAAGUGGCGUCAGUUCAGCCAAUGCAAGAGAGUAGAGACGCGUUGUCUGUGUGUACUUACAUACAGUCUACGAUAUCCUUUAAUACUCUAUUUUUUCAUGAAGGGUAGUAGAGUUUAGUAAUGUGGGUGGCAGAUGAGAGAUGAUGCACUUUAGUUUCAAAUGUUUUUAUUGGGAAGCAGAUAUAACAGAUAUAUAGAUAUGAAAGUAAGGCUUCCUUUAGUUCAAACAAAGUGUGAGAAAAGAGACUGAACUUAAAAAUACAAAGUUAUCAUGAUAAUAAUACAACAAGCACCCGGCCCUGUGCUAUUCUGCCCAGUAGAAAUACAUGUUCAGGCUGUAUGAGUGACACGUACACGUGAUCAUUGGUCCCCAGAUCCUCUUAUAGUCCUCCAGUUUGUGGCUUAAGACUUAUUUUAUUUUCUGUAGAUGGCGGGUAUCUGUUAGUAUCGUUAUCAAGUGGUUAAAUGAUGGGAGUUCUUCCUCCGUUCUAGUGCUGCACAGUUUCUGAGACAGAAAUUAUAACAGGAUCCAGCUUCAUUUACAAAGUUUUUGUAAAAAAUCUCCAACCAGACACCAAACUAAAUCCUACUUUACUGUCAUUACACAGAUCUUCUAUUGUUUUAAAUGCUCCCACAUCUCACCUCUCUCUUGCCUGAAACGCUAAACUAUGACCUGAAAUAUACUAAGAAGUAUUUUUAUUCUAAAAUUACCCGUUGGAGCAGCUUUAAACUUUUUAAGCUUUAUAUUUUUGCCAAGCUUGCCGUGUCUGCCUGUCCUCAGUCCUUCUAGCAUUUGUCUGCUGGUUAAUACUUCAUGUUCAGCGCGUAGGGAUCAAUUUUUCUCAUCUCCACCCGCGUGAAAGCUCCUUCAGCGGAGAAGUGCCGUCCCGUUUAUUUAGAAAAGCAAACGCUGAUGAGAAGUAAUUAGCAGAGACGCACGCCUACACCGCGGCCUUAGUGUGGAAGCUGUGAGCUGCUGCCUUUAAAUGGCUCCAAAUUGAAAAGCCUCGUUUCGUGCACUCGGCCUGUUCCCCCCCGACGCGGCUAUUCUUCUUCUUCUUCUUCUUCUUCUUCUUCUUCUUCUUCUUCUUCUUCUUCCUCCUCCUCCUCCUCCCCGUCAUUCUCCGUGUUUGCUUUAAAACUUCGUGGCCUUUUAUUUGAACGGAGGGUUGUAUUUUCAUGUUCUUGCAUUCAGCGAAUCUUGUAAAGAUUUCUACAUAACCAAGUCUGAUGGGCUAUAUAAUAACAAAUGCCAUGAAACCAUGAUUUUGUUACAAGCAAUUUAUUUUUGUACUUAACUGAACGUUUUUAUGCAAUACCACUGAAACACGUACUAUUGCAACUUAAAGGCUUUAUUCUCUCCCCCGCGCGAAAACCCCUCCUCAGUCAGUCCUACCAGACCCGCUCAUGUGUGACGACUCAAAGUGCUUUCAGUGUAAACCUGCAUUUACCAUUUGAUAUUCUGCCGGUAAUGACGAUGGUAAAUGCUGCCAGGUGACGAGAGGCGAUUUAAACUUGUUUUACUCAAACACUACAUCUGAGAAUUACUGCCUUUCAUUUCUCGUGUGCUGUUUCUUUUCUCUGAGCAUUUACACGAGUCAGAAUCUCUACGGUUUCGCUUCGGGCUCCGCGUGAGAGCAGGGUUUUCGGAUUUCCCGAUGCUGGAAAAGGUGUGAUGAUCUUCUGUGUGAAUGCUCCGCUCCUUCUAUUAGUGACCUUUUCAGUCCAGGCCUUUCACAUCUUUUGGGUUUCGCACAUCGAUCCUGUACUUUUGUCGAUCUUGUUCUCCGGAGGUGUUGAUGUAUAAAAGCAUGUUUCUGGUUUUACGAAGUUGAUGUAAUAUUUUCCAUGAGAAGCACAGCUACAAGGGUCCAAUCAUCAGUGUCCUGUAUUUUUCUAAUGUAAAAAAAAACAAAAAUAAUAUCUAAUAAUAAUAAUAAUAA